AUGUUACAUACCAGAGCGCUGCUUCGCUCCGGCAUGAGGCCUGCGCCUCGGCUGCAGAUUACAUGGGGCCCGCCCCGGCCAUUUGCUCGACCCCAGCGACAUGGAGAUAUCGUGCGCGCCACGUCCAAAGUAUGGGAGAGCACCGUAACCGGCGACGAGAAGUCUGGUCAUAUCACGACUUCGGAGAGCGAAUCCAUUCUCUUCUUUGACAACCUCUUUCCUCUCAAGCUGACCUACCUCCUCCGACGAUCAUGGCAGUCAGACCGCGACCUGACCGACCUUCUCAAGCGCUUCGACGGUGCUGGUGGAGGCCUUGGCACAGAUCCGAUCAACUUGGUAAAACGAGCUAUUCCGAACGACCUCCCAAUCAAAGUUACAGAGAUCCUACCACGACUGAAGGACGGGGGAGCUUUUGUCAAAUUCAGCCAUGGCUCCAACGUAGUACCCAAAGAUAUUGAGACAUCCCUCGCACGCUCGCUCGAAAAGCACCCCCUCAGACCAUGGUUUAACCCCUUCCGCGGGGUUCAAGCAGGACUCGUCAAGGGAGUUCCGUGGCUGGAGGACCUCUACCGAUUUCCCAGAAGUCGCGUCAAGGUCGAGUUCACAGGAAAAGACGCUGGUGACGAGGCUGUCGAAUUAUCUCAGGAGACCCUCUACAGUAUGUUCCGCAGGUAUGGCAAAAUUGCCGAGAUUACAUCACAGCCCUCCGACUCAAAGAUUCUCCCAAAGUACGCUUAUAUCGACUUUGCGCGCGUUCGCGACGCCAUCAUGGCAAGGAACUGUCUCCAUGGCUUCCUUGUCGACGAGGGUCUGGGUGGCGGAAAGAUUGGUACAAGGCUUCGCCUGUCCUACGAGCAAAAGGUCAAACCGCACAAUAUCUGGAACUGGAUUUCCAGCCACCCCAGGGUGGUCAUUCCAGUUGUUGCCGCCCUUCUCGCUGCCAUCACAGUGGCCAUUUUCGACCCCAUACGUGAAUUCUUCGUCAAGGCCCACAUCCAGCAUUCUUUCACGUUGACUUACAACAGAUUCUAUCGAUGGAUCAAGAACCAAACUUCCGACAUUUUCUCCUCGUUUGGACACAAGAAGACUGACAAGGCUGGUUUCAGCGCAGUUUGGCAGCAUCGUCGCGACCUCAUUGAGCAGAUCCAGACCUGGCUGCUCGAGAGCUCUGACACCUUCAUCGUUGUUCAAGGCCCUCGGGGCUCCGGUAAAAAGGAACUCGUCUUGGAUCAGUCACUCAAGGGCAGGGAAAACGUUCUAGUGAUUGAUUGCAAGCCGAUUAUCGAGGCAAGGGGCGAAAGUGGGACUAUCAAACACCUGGCUACCGCCGUGGGCUACAAACCGAUUUUCGCUUUUUUGAAUAGCAUGAGCAGCAUGAUCGAUUUGGCAGUUCAGAGCACGACUGGGGUCAAGGCUGGAUUUUCCGAGACACUGGAGUCGCAGGUGGUCAAAAUCCUUCACACCACCGCCGAGGCCCUGAAGGAAGUAUCUCUUGCUGGACGCGACAAGGAUGGCAAGGACAGUGACCUGUCAGACGACACCUACUUGGAGGCUCGUCCAGACAAGCGGGCUGUCGUUGUGAUUGACAACUUCUUGCACAAAAAUGAGGGCUCGAGCCUGGUCUACGAUAAGGUUGCGGAAUGGGCUGCGGCCAUGGUUCAAAACAACGUCGCCCACGUCAUCUUCUUGACAGACGACACGUCUUACUCAAAGUCACUCUCAAAGGCGAUGCCAGACCGCGUAUUCCGUCAAGCUGCUUUGGGAGAUCUCUCCCUCGAUGUCGCCAAGAAAUUCAUCAUCAGUCGUCUUGAAGAGGACGAGAUUGAAAAGGUCCGAGAACAAUCUAAAGAGACAGGGGAGACAGAGGAUAAAACUGAGCAACAACAAAAACCGGAUCUUUCGGAGCUAGACUCGGCAAUUGGCAUCCUCGGCGGCCGUCUGACAGACCUUGAAUACUUUGCCAGACGCUUGAAGGGUGGCCAGAGCCCACAGCGAGCCAUCGAGGACAUCAUCAAUCAGAGCGCCACUGAAAUUGUCAAGAUGUACCUAUUAGGCGGCAAGGAUACUGUCGAGGGCAGAAAAUGGUCCACCGAGCAGGCAUGGUAUUUGAUCAAGGCGCUUGCCUCCCACGACGGUCUCCGAUAUAACGAGGUUCUUCUGUCUGAUACUUUCGCAUCUUCCACCACGCCCGGCGCUGCGAAUGGCGAGUCGGCUUUGGAAGGGCUCACAAACGCGGAGCUCGUCACUGUCGAGACCUACAACGGCCGGCCGCAAACUAUUCGACCCGGAAAGCCGAUGUAUCAAGCAGCGUUCAGUCUUCUACUCGAUGACCGUGUUCUCAGGGCCAAGAUGGAUCUAGCGCUGUUGAAGGAGCUUACCAAGGUCGAGACCAAGGUAAUCGAAAAGGCUGAAGGGGAGCUGGCGCUACUGGGCAGCCUGCCAAAACAGCCUGCUCAGACCGGUUCUCGAGUGUUGUACUUGCUGGUCAAACUCGAGAGCAGCCAAAACAAGAUCAUUAAGUACGAAAAGGAGAUUGCUGCGCUCAAGACGGUUCUCAAGCAUAACUACUGA